AUGAAAGCAGGACAAAGAUUUAACAGUUAUAACGACUUUCGUGACGCCUUAGACAAAUAUGAAGAAGAAAGGAAAGUGAAGUAUAAGUUAAAAAACACCAAAAAAUUACAGAAUUGUUUCAUAAAUGGCAAAAAACGAGAUUUAGUUGCUGAGGGAUACAAGAAAGAAUUGAUGUAUUAUCAAGGAACGCUUCAAUGUUCAAGGGCAAAGAAGUCAAGUUGUGAGGCGAAAAUUACUUUUCAAACAGUCGACAAAAACCAUCUGCAACUACAAACAGUAAACGAACAACACAAUGAAGAAUGCAGUGCAGCAAGCUCAACUGAAAAAGCGAAAACACCAAAAGUACUGGAUAAUAGCGAAAUAGACGAUAUUGUAAAUAAGAUAAAAAAUAGCCUAUGCGCUAGUGCCAAUGAGGAGAGAAGGAAAAAAUUAGACGAUUGUAAAUCAUUAUUGGAGCUAUGGGAAGACGACAGAUCUUCUCACAAAAAUAUUAGAGAUAAAUUAUCAUCAACUCCAACAAUUGAAGAAGCAUCAUCAAGUGGUCAAGGAACUACAAACAUUAGCCCAUCACCACAGAAUAGUUCAGGAAAACCUAAAGCCAUGUCUACACCUGAAAUAUAUACAUCAGUUGACUGUCCGAUUGAAAUAUUAAAAUUUAAUAAAAAAUUCUUUAAACGUUUGUAUUUAUGGCCUGAACCAACAAAAUAUUACUUUUUAAUAUGGUUCACCCUUAUGUUUAUGACUUUACCAGCUAUGCUUGUAGAUUUAUUCAUCACUUUACGUAAAAAACAAAUAAAAUUAUCAGAUUUUUCGGAACAUUUAGUUGAGUUACUAUCAAUAUUUAUUGGCAUAUACAUCUAUAUUGUUUCAAAUACGAUACAAAAAGAUAUUUUACAAAUUUAUAAACGUUUAACACAAUUACAAUUGUAUCAUAAAAGAGAUCAUCGAUUCUUAAUGGAAGCUGAAUCACAUACGAAAUUAAUUACGCAAGGGUUUAUGUGUCUUGCGAUCAUUAUUUGUCAUCCGUUGUUUACGUCAAUACCGCUGUUAACGUAUAAAGAAUGUAAAAAGGAUAUCGAUGAAAUUAUGCAACAUAAUUUUACCAAGUAUAUCGAAUUGCCCGUAUGUGGUUUGGAACUAAAAGGACGGUAUCCAUUUGAUGUAAAUUAUCAUUUUUGGUUAUGGCUAAUCAUUGAAAUCACUCAAGUGAUUGGAGGAAUAGCUACAACAAGUAUACCAGCAUCAAUAUCCGACAUGAUGAAUGAUUGUUUUGGUAAAAUAUUUGUCGUACAUUUUCUAGUAUUAGGCGUUGGAAUUAGUUUAUUAACUUUAGCAAUCGCUAUGGGCGAGAAAACAGAAAUGAUGCGUUUAUCAAUGGAAUUAAAUGCAUGGAUAUUUGUUCUCUUCAUUCCAAACCAUUAUGGGCAACAGUUCAUGAGUGAGGAAAGUAUUAGUGAAGAUGUUGCUCGAGCAGUCUACGAAACAAAUUGGUACGAAGCACCGGUACACAUUCGUAAAGCGUUACUAAUGAUUAUGAUUCGUUCACAACGUUCGUUAAACUUUCAAACGAAAUCAAUUGGGAUAUUUUGUUAUGCUAGUUUUGUUGGGUUAUCAGAAAAAGUCAUGUUGAUUAACAAUAAAACACUGAAAAUUUUACUAUUUUUUGCACUUUCGCAAGAAAUAAUAGGAAAUAAAUGUAUCCGACGAGACUAUGGCGAAACAAGUUUUAUCUGUGUUUGUAAUUCAAACUACUGUGAUUCCAUAGAACCGCUUCCAAAACACUUAGAACCGAAUCAAUAUGUGACAUAUACUUCGACAAAAGAUGAACUUAGAAUGAAGCAAAAAAUUAUAACAAAAUCAAGUUUCCAAUUUCGAUCAAAGCCUGAUAUUAUACUCAGUCGUACGAAAACAUAUCAAAAAAUUAUGGGAUUUGGUGGAGCUUGGACAGAUGCAACGGGAAUUAAUAUUGCCGAUCUUCCAAAACCCGCCCAAGAUUUACUAAUGCAACAAUAUUUCGGUGAGAAUGGAAUACAGUACACAGUUCUGCGCAUACCAAUUGGAGGCACGGAUAAUUCAGUGCGUGGAUAUACUUUGGAUGAUGUUCCGAAUGAUACGGAACUAGUUCAUUUUAAUUUAUCCGAAGAAGAUUUUAAGUAUAGGAUUCCGUAUCUUAAGCAAGCAAUAGAAUUAUCAGAAAAUUAUCCAAUACAUUUAAUGGCAGCAUCAUGGUCGGCUCCAGCUUAUAUGAAAACCAAUAAACAAAUCCGUGGUAUGGGUUUCUUAAAGCGGGAAUAUUAUCAGGUUUACGCUAAUUAUUUGGUAAAAUUUGUACAAGAAUACCAAAGGCAUGGAUUCAAUUUUUCUUCGAUGUCUGCACAAAAUGAACCUGUUAUGGGUGGAACACCAAUAGUUCAUUUUAAUGGCAUGACUUGGAAUCCUCUCCAACAAACUGAUUUUAUCAUGAAUAAUUUGUCUCCAACAUUAACUCAAAAUGGUUUCGACGAUGUACAAAUUAUCGUCGGAGACGAUCAAAGGUAUUUUAUAUUCUUUUGGAUGUUGGAGAUGCUGUUGUAUCGACCGAACGUUACCAAAUAUUUUGGGGGUAUUGGAGUACAUUGGUAUUUGGAUGUGUAUCGUCCACCAAGUGAUUUAACAAUCAUCCAUCAUAUGCCAGGAUUAGAGGAUAAAUUUAUUAUGUACACAGAAGGUUGUGAAAGUGGCCUUGUUGGAUUAGAUCCUGCAAGGCCACCAAGACCAGGUGUUGCACUGGGUGAUUGGCGUAAUGGAGAACGAUAUUUAUCAAGUAUUAUUGAAACGCUCAAUCAUUGGAGUCAAGGAUGGGUCGAUUGGAAUCUGGUGUUAGAUUUAAACGGUGGUCCAAUUUGGGUUUUUAAUGUUGUUAAUGCUCCAAUUAUUGUGAAUAAAACUAGCGGGGAGUUUUAUAAGAAUGCAAUGUAUUAUGCGAUGGCACAUGCAUCGAAAUUUUUGGUACCAGGUUCGAUACGUAUUGAUAUGGUUAAUAAUCAAGAUAAAAUUCAAGCAACUGCUUUUGAUACACCAGAUAAUCGAACUGUAAUUGUUUUAAAUAAUUUGCAUGCGGAACGAUUUUUUUUAUCGGUUCAGGAUGUUGAACGUCAAUGGAAUAAAAAUUUGGAAAUAUUACCAAAUUCAUUUAUGACCGUUAUCUAUUGA